CUUAUCCAAGAUGCCACUCUACUUCACUCCUGCACUGCUGCUCCUUGUGCUCACCUGUGCUCAGGUCAGCCAGUCUGUGCCAGUGAUGAGUAAAGGACCGCUGACAGAAUCCUGUGUUUUACAUGCACAGGCGCUUCUACAGAACAUCACUGAAACACUCACACAGAAUCAACUGUUCACUGGAAUCGACUGCACCAAGGAGAGUGUGGAGCUGAACAUGGAGACUAAGACGCCAUCUGUGUGUGCACCAAAGGAAUCAACAUGCGCUGGAGUAGUCAAAGCAACAUUUGAUCAGGAGUCAUGUCUGACAAACAUUGGGGAGGAUUUGCAUCACUACUAUAAUUUCCUCGAUGCUCAGCCGAACCCAGACAACAGACUGGCUCUAACUGUUCUGUUCAGCCUCAGAGAGAUCAUGGAGAACUGCUUCCCACGGUCUCUGCCAACAGACCUGGUCUCAAAGGAGGCUGCUACAGUGCGUCCAAGCCCCUACGAUGAAAGACUGCACCUCUGUAAAGUGCUGAAGGGCUUCCAGGUCCGCAGCGUCACAAUAAACAGAGCCCUUGCAUAUAUGAACUCUGGUGAACACACUAAAUGA